AUGCCGGCGGAUGCGAAUCAAGCAGAAGAGGAGCGGAGAAGUGAGUUUUUAUUCUUUCGUACCUCUGAAACUUGUUUUCCAGAAGCGCUGAUCCACAUUCGUGAGUUUAUAAACGCCACGAAAGAUUGUGUCGACACCGGAAUGUACUUGUUCGCUUCCAUCUCACCCCACGCGGCAGUUGUGUUGGGUGUGGCGUACGCUGUCAAAAAUUUGAUAUCGGCGUACGGACCCAGUGAGAGCGAUCCGAUUGUGCAAGAGUUGGCGGUGUUGAGAACUAAAAUGGAUGCAGUGAGUGAGAACUUGAAAACGUUCUUGACUGGCUAUUACUAUCGUUUGACAGAUGGUCGAUCGGAUGACCGGACACUUCACCGCGUUCAAGUCGUUCUUCGUCGAAAAUCACUUCUACAACGACGUGCCGCUGACGACUUCGGUGCUGUACGAGUGCAUGCAAGACGUGACGAGCCAUCCGACCGAGGAGAGCCUUCGCGAAUUCAGACGAAUGUACGAGAAGACGUCGCCGUUGAAGCAGGCGCGAAAACUGAUUCAUCAACUUGAGACCGAGGUGAUGAACCCGCUGAAGACGGCGAUGCACGCCGAUCCGCUCAUGUCCAGCAGCACUUUUGACACGUGGCAAAAGAUCAUCGACAGUGUGUUCACGCAGCUUGUUCGUUGAGUUGAGCUGAAAAUUUGGUUCACAAUGAUGUUUUAGUGGGAAAUCGAGAUCAAGGCUGGCGUUUUGAUUCAUGGCAAAACGCCAAAGGAUGUUGAGGAGCUGUUUCGAGUGAGAAAACUCAAAGCGGAAAUUGAAAAGUAUCAGGCGGCGCUCAAAAAAUGGGAUCAUGACUACGGGGUAGGCGGUGUCUCGCGUGUUCUACUACUACGCACUUUAUUUCACAGAUCAGCGCAAGAUACUGGCCGGAAAAAGUCAAGAACUUUGUUGUCGAAAUUCAAGACAAACACUCGAGCGAAUCGAUGGCGGAAAAAGCGGAAUUGAUCCGAGAAGGCUUGGAGAAAAUCCGCACAACGUAUACAUUUUGUGGCCGCCUUUCAAUGUUCAUCAAUUUUUGUGAUUUCAGUGACAUGUUCUACGUGCUGGUCUUUCCGAAAUCUUGCACUUUUACUCCGCACAUGAGACUGGAGGAUCAAGUGCUCAUUUCACCGAAUCGUGGCGGCAGCACUGUAAUCGUUUACCGCAGCAAAAAAGGAGCGUUUGCACAGGAAAAGCACAUGAAAAUUGUGAAAAACCAUGUGCAGUUCUUCAAGGACGUCAGGACGACCCAGAAGAGAAAAGUGACCGAGGAUUUGUUGAAGCGGUGGACACACGCUGCAAAAUGGCCUGGAUUUGUGGUUGUGGUAGAGGCGACGAGCGGUGUAGCUGUGCGAUCGACACGGACUAGUGUUCAAAAGGACGGGCCCGGGUUCUAUUUGUAUGGAAAUAUCAGCUUUUUCGCAGGCAGGACUAGAUGGACUCAUCAUUUUUUUGUUCUUGCUGGUAUUCCGUGAUAAUAAAAUUUUUAUCGAUUUUUUCAAUUUGCAAGCGAUUAUUUACAGGCCGCACGGUCUCCAGAGCCACGGUCUCCAGAACUGACAAUAUGGGCGGAGUCGCGGGACUGGUGACGCGCUUUUUGAAUGGUUGGCGCGUUUUUCGCCUUUACUGGCGCAAUAUGCGAUCCGUGAUUUUUCUCGCCGCAUUUUCGUUUUUCUUAUUGUAAAACUCGAUUUUUCUGAGAAUAAAUAAUCUGUUUUGUUUUCAGUUCAUUUUCUCUUGCAAAAAGGCUCGAGAACGCUCAAAAAACGUUUCAGACGAUGCAAACUUGGCGAAAUCGGUACAUUCAUGGACUGCAAGGAACUUCCCAGCGGAAAACACGAAACGCGGUCAGUCAGGGUUGUAGCUUUAUGUGUUCUCGCCGCAAUACGUUUCAGGAAGACUCCAAUUAAGCUCUGCACUUCGAGAACGUGCAACAAGAAAAAUACUCCAGUUGUACAACAUAAAUAA